CGCCCGGGAUGCACGGCUCACUCAACUCCACUUCUCUUGGCCUUGCCACCUCUCCAAACCUCCAUAGGGGCUGGAGACCCCCUAAAAUGGCUCCUUUGGAAGAGCACGAAGAUGUUGAACAUUACCUGACCACCUUUGAAAGACUUGCGACAGCGUGUCAGUGGCCCCUGGAGACUUGGGUAUUGUACCUCGUGCCCUUGUUGAAAGGUAAAGCCAGAACUGCCUAUGUGGCAAUGACUUUUGAUGACAGCCAGGAUUACGUAAAAGUAAAGCAAGCCAUUUUGGAUAAGUUCAACAUUAAAGCAGAGACUUACCGCCAACGUUUCCGUUCGAAGACUAUUUUGGAGGAUGAGACGGCGAAAGAGUUACAGGCUCGGCUGAAGGACUUGUUCGGAAAAUGGAUUAUUCCUGAGAUGCUGACCAAGGACCAGAUUUGCGACCAGAUGGUGCUGGAACAGUUCCUGGGCAUGCUAAACACCGACCUACAGGUGUGGGUGAGAGAACACACCCCUCGCUCAUCAGCUGAAGCAGCAGACCUGGUGGAAACCUUUGUGACUGCCAGGCCUUCCAGAAGGAAGUACUUCCUGGGCCCACCACAACAUGACUGGAGAAGACCAUACCAAGCCGCCCAGCAAGAGCCGGAAAAGACAUCUACUGGUAUGUCUGCGGGUGGUAGUGGUCGUGUGGUUAAGCCCUCCUAUAGCCCCAGUGUUAGCUCCACUUCAGCUAGAACACCUAGAGGCAUUAUUUGUCAUGGUUGUGGUCAACAAGGUCACAUUAGGCCCAAUUGUACAGCAAAGAAAAUGUCUGAUUCUAGACUGUGCUACCUACCUGGCCCUAGCAAGCACACACAUUGUACUUCCUCUGACGUGAUUGUCCCAGUGAAAGUGAAGGGAAAGACUUUUCAAGCUCUAGUUGAUUCAGGAAGCAGUCAAUCUUUUAUCCUUAAGACUUGUUUAAAGUCUGAUUUCCAACCACGGGGCAAAAUCAAGGUCCGCUGCUUCCAUGGUGACGAGUCUGAGCACCAGACCAGCGAGGUUCUCAUUGAGAUUAGAGGUCAAAAGUAUCUGCUAACCGUGGGGGUUUUAGAUAAAUGUCCACAUCCUGUGAUUCUAGGCCAGGAUGUGCCAGUUCUUAUUGAGCUACUUCAGACUGUUAACACAGUGAAUGCAUAUGUGACAACCAGAGCUCAGGCUAGAAAGAAAUCAAAUGAUUUGUGGUCUGAAUUACCAUAUGACUGUUACCCUGGUGGCAAAGUUAAGAAGUCCAAGGCGGAGAGACGCAGAGAAAAAGUGACAGGUACCGCAUUGCAGGAAAGUAGGCCCUCCCCACCACUAGAGGACAAUGAAGUGUUGGUGGAGGAUUUUGCUAAGCUACAACUAGAGGAUCCUACACUUAGUUCCUGCUUCUCCGCUGUCAAAAACCCAGAUGAGGCUAGGGAAGCAAUGGAACAGGGUAGUACAUGUUUUGUCAGGAAUAACGAGAAGCUUUCCAGAGUGACUGCAGACACCGAGCAGUUGGUAGUUCCUGAAGUUCUCCGGGCCAAGGUUCUACAUCUUGGUCAUAAUAUUCCUUGGGCAGGCCAUCUAGGCAAGGAAAAGACAGAGAACAGGAUCCUGAACCGAUUUUAUUGGCCAGGGUUCCAGAAGGAUAUUGUUGAAUACUGCAGGUCUUGUCCAGAAUGCCAACUGUCAGCUCGCUCCAAGAGAGGGUUAAAGGCUCCCCUGAUUAGCCUUCCCAUUAUUGAUGUUCCAUUCAGUCGCAUUGCUAUGGAUGUGGUAGGUCCCCUGGAGAGAAGUAGGGCAGGCCACCGAUACAUUCUAGUCAUUUGCGACUAUGCAACACGGUACCCAGAGGCAUUCCCCCUCAGAAACACCAAAGCUAGACAAGUUGCCAACUGUUUAAUCCAGCUUUUCUCCCGGUGGGGGUCCCGAAAGAAAUCCUGACAGAUCAGGGUAGU